UUCCGAGGGUGGAGUUGCUGGUCCACUGUGGAAGAGAGAGAGAGAGAGAGGGAUAUUUUAAGACACUUUCAAUUUUCACAUCUACUAAUUUUAAAGGUCAAAGAGGGGGUCAAUCGGGUUCUAAUGUGUGUUUCUUUAGGUUCAUGGUACAGAGGAAGGGUCACACUACCACCAGGGUCACAAAACUACCCCUGGAAAUGCUCGGAACUCCCAUGAAAGCUUUGUCAAAUGUGUGUUUCUUUAGGUUCAUGGUACAGAGGAAGGGUCACACUACCACCAGGGUCAUGAAACUACCCCUGGAAAUGCCCAAAACUCCCAUGAAAGCCUUGUCAAAUGUGUGUUUCUUUAGGUUCAUGGUACAGAGGAAGGGUCACACUACCACCAGGGUCAUAAAACUACCCCUGGAAAUGCUCAGAACUCCCAUGAAAGCUUUGUCAAAUGUGUGUUUCUUUAGGUUCAUGGUACAGAGGAAGGGUCACACUACCACCAGGGUCAUGAAACUACCCCUGGAAAUCCCCGGAACUCCCAUGAAAGCCUUGUCAAAUGUGUGUUUCUUUAGGUUCAUGGUACAGAGGAAGGGUCACACUACCACCAGGGUCAUAAAACUACUCCUGGAAAUGCUCGGAACUCCCACAAAAGCCUUGUCAAAUGUGUGUUUCUUUAGGUUCAUGGUACAGAGGAAGGGUCACACUACCACCAGGGUCAUGAAACUACCCCUGGAAAUGCCCGAAACUCACAUGAAAGCCUUGUCAAAUGUGUGUUUCUUUAGGUUCAUGGUACAGAGGAAGGGUCACACUACCACCAGGGUCAUAAAACUACCCCUGGAAAUGCUCAGAACUCCCAUGAAAGCUUUGUCAAAUGUGUGUUUCUUUAGGUUCAUGGUACAGAGGAAGGGUCACACUACCACCAGGGUCAUAAAACUACCCCUGGAAAUGCUUGGAACUCCCACGAAUGCCUUGUCAAAUGUGUGUUUCUUUAUGGUCACAGUACAGAGGAAGGGUCACACUACCACAAGGGUCAUAAAACUACCCCUGGAAAUGCUUGGAACUCCCAUGAAAGCCUUGUCAAAUGUGUGUUUCUUAGGUUCGCAGUACAGAGGAAGGGUCACACUACCACCAGGGUCAUGAAACUACCCCUGGAAAUGCUCGGAACUCCCAUGAAAAACCUUGUCAAAUGUGUGUUUCUUAGGUUUGCAGUACAGAGGAAGGGUCACACUACCACCAGGGUCAUGAAACUACCCCUGGAAAUGUCCACAACUCCUAUGAAAACUUGUCUAAUGUGUGUUUCUUUAUGUUCAUGGUACAGAGGAAGGGUCACACUGCCACCAGAGUCAUAAAACUACCCUUGGAAAUGCUCGGAACUCCCAUGAAGAACCUUGUCAAAUGUGUGUUUCUUAGGUUUGCAGUACAGAGGAAGGGUUACACUACCACCAGGGUCAUAAAACUACCCCUAGAAAUGCUUGGAGCUCCCACGAAAGCCUUGUCAAAUAUCUGAACUUGGGCGACAAAAUGCUUUAAAUUACGACCCACAGAGGAAGAGAGAGAGGGAGCGAGAGAGCAAUUAG